GUCACUAUGCCCAGCUAAUCGGCAGCCGAGAGGCACCUGCCAGGCUGGAAAGCCUGCAGCUGUUACCCCUGCCUACCUGAGCAGCACCACCGCACUGUCCCCCUCUCGGGAUCCGCUCCCCAGCAGGCAGUGCAGCUGCUCCUCACGGCGCGCUCCCGGAGCCGCUCAUCGGCCCAACCGCCGGCCGAGACAAGCGCAAGUCUCUCCAGCCUCGCUCCCCAAGGCAAGUGGCGCACCGGCUGCCAAGGUGCUGCAGUCGGGUGCCGGAAUGGGAGUUUGCCCAGAGAAAAACUUUACGCAGAGGUUGCAGACGGAGCCGUUACAACUGCUGCGGCGGCAGCUCGGGUCUGCGGAGUGAGCAGGCGGCCCGUGCCCCUUCUCCUGCCCCGGGGCGCUAGGGCACUAUCAGUAUGCAUCUGUAAGGAGCAGCUGUUCUCCCAGAAAAAUAUAACCAACGGUGCCCUGAUACACAGAGUAAGAAGACUUCGUGUCCUCCAUCCACAGAGCGACAAUGUCCUGUAAAAGAGAACAGUAGGCAGCAGCAAUGAAAUAUUGGAAGGACCUGAUCUACUGAAUUCCAUUUCAUCAGCACACAAUCUAGCUCAGGCCAUACUCGCAGGCCUGACACCCUCUUCACUGACAAGUUGAGGUAUCUGCUUGCUGGCCUGGAGUGAUGCAACAGAACUUUUAUACACUGUGAAGUGUUACCAUGACAACCAGUAGCCGCACAUGUCCGGUACCAGCAGUGAAUGGACAUAUGACUCACUAUCCAGCAGCACCAUACCCAUUACUUUUUCCUCCAGUCAUCAGUGGGCUGUCGCUACCUUCCCUCCGUGGACUCCAGAGCCACCCACCAGCUAGCAGCUGCAGCACACCAUCACCUGCAACAAUUGAAACUCAGAGCACCAGUUCUGAGGAACUUGUUCCGAGCCCUCCUUCACCACUUCCACCCCCUCGUGUUUACAAGCCCUGUUUUGUCUGUCAAGACAAGUCAUCUGGAUAUCACUAUGGUGUCAGUGCUUGUGAGGGAUGUAAGGGCUUUUUCCGCAGAAGUAUCCAGAAAAACAUGGUUUACACAUGUCACAGAGAUAAAAACUGUGUUAUCAAUAAAGUCACCAGAAAUCGCUGCCAGUACUGCCGGCUACAGAAGUGCUUUGAAGUGGGCAUGUCCAAAGAAUCUGUCAGAAAUGACAGGAACAAAAAGAAGAAGGAACCUUCAAAGCAGGAAUCCACAGAAAACUAUGAAAUGACAGCAGAGUUGGAUGAUCUCACUGAGAAGAUCCGAAAGGCUCACCAGGAAACCUUCCCCUCACUCUGCCAACUGGGAAAAUACACCACAAACUCCAGCGCAGACCAUCGGGUUCGACUGGACCUUGGGCUCUGGGACAAGUUCAGUGAACUCGCCACAAAGUGCAUUAUUAAAAUAGUGGAGUUCGCGAAGCGGUUGCCAGGCUUUACCGGUUUGACCAUCGCAGACCAGAUCACGCUCCUUAAAGCAGCCUGCCUGGAUAUACUGAUCCUUAGAAUUUGCACAAGGUAUACACCAGAACAGGACACCAUGACCUUCUCGGAUGGCCUUACCCUAAACCGAACUCAGAUGCACAACGCCGGCUUUGGCCCACUGACUGAUCUUGUGUUCACAUUUGCUAACCAGCUCCUGCCUUUGGAAAUGGAUGACACAGAAACAGGUCUCCUUAGUGCCAUCUGCUUGAUCUGUGGAGACCGCCAGGACCUUGAAGAGCCAAUGAAAGUGGAUAAGCUUCAGGAACCGUUGCUUGAAGCACUGAAAAUUUAUAUCCGAAAGAGGCGCCCCAGCAAGCCUCACAUGUUCCCAAAGAUCCUAAUGAAGAUCACAGAUCUUCGCAGCAUCAGUGCGAAAGGUGCAGAACGCGUCAUUACAUUGAAAAUGGAAAUUCCUGGAUCCAUGCCACCUCUUAUUCAGGAAAUGCUGGAGAACUCUGAAGGACAUGAGCCACUGACACCGACCUCAAAUGGAAAUGCUGCUGAGCACAGUCCCAGUAUCUCACCUAGUUCAGUGGAUAACAGCAGCGUCAGUCAAUCACCUAUGGUGCAAUAAGACAUUUUUCUAGCUACUUCAGACAUUCCCAACAUCUUAUGUACAGAGAUGAAAAGCAAGGAAAAAAAAAACAUUUUUACUGCUGCUUAGUUUCUGGACUUAGAAGACAUUUAUCUAUAUAUGUAUAUAUAUAGAGAUAAAAACUCAACAGGGACCAAGAAAUUUUCCUAUGUAUCACUAUAUACUCCUUGCCGUUUAAACUCUUAAAACUAGAAAAUGCAAUCUUUUGAAAAUCUGAAUCAGCCAUUUCAUGCAAAAAAUAGUUACGCUUCUGUUUUCUCCUCUGAACAUUCAAGACUGCAUGGUGACAAGUCAGAUCUCAAACUUCAUAAAGUCUGGUUGCAUUUCUGAUGGCUUUGUACAUACAAAUAUACAGCUGUACUUUCUCUACUGGAUGUUUGGUGCUUUACUCUUGUCUCUUAUACCUAAACUGAUCCAGACACCACCUAUAUGAAGUGGACUACUGUACACAUCCAGAAAAAGAAGUGAAAAGGACCAUCUGAUUUCGUUUAAUAUGAAAAGUUGUCUUUGAUGCUCUUGAGUUGCAUCGCCUUGCUUGUAAAAUGUAUACAGAAAUUCACUGCACUGGCAGGAAUCAGUAUCAGCAUUAACUGCUAGAUCAGUUAUUCAGAUGUCAUUUGUUCCACUGUCAACGUCACUUUAAAGAAGUGGUUUCUUACCUGGCUGGUGACCUAGCUACAUUUCUACAGCAAUGAUAGCCUCCAAGGCAGAAACACUUUUUAGUGUUACUAUGUUUUUGUUUACUUGUUCACAAGCCAUUAGGGAAACUUCAUGGGAUGAUAACUAGCAGGCUCAUUUACAGCUUUUGGAUUAGCAAGUCUAGGGUAUUUCCUUUAGCACUGACUGUCAGGAAAUGGCUGGGUUAUCCAGGCUUCCAGGUGCUAGGAAGUACAGCUGAGACUUCCAGAAACACAAGGAGAGAAACUGCCUUCUUGGCCUUGUUAAACCACCAUGAAGCAGAGUGAAAACUGUGGUAGAACGGUUAACAGAUUAAAGUGUCAGUUUCUUAGGUUUCAUUUAAAGCACUAGUAGAUUUUUUUUAUAUAUUCUAGCAAGUCUGUGAUGUACUUUCACUGGCUCUGUUUGUACAUUGAGAUUGUUUAACAAUGCUUUCUAUGUUCAUAUACUGUUUACCUUUUUCCAUGGAGUCUCCUGGCAAAGAAUAAAAUAUAUUUAUUUUAAAAAAA